AUGGACCUACCAGACGAGGAUGAGGAGAUCUACCUUGAAUUCGGCCCCGACCUGCAUCAUCGGCUCGACCAGACCAUCGAAUGGAACGUCCUACAUUAUAAAGGCUCGCGGCGCUUUCGCAGCAGACGUCACACCAAGAUCUGCAUCCAGGCAAUGGACCCCAAAGAUCUAGAGCACCUUGAAUCAUUCAUCAACAUGCAUUUGAGGCUCGACUUGGAGGUCCAGCGCCUUGCAGCCUUCAUCCACAGGCGGCGCACUAUGGAGGCGUCCAUCAACAAAUACUCGAAGAGUCAGCUUCUCAAAGACGAAGUGAAAGCCGAGGUCGACGUCGUUCAAAAGCGAUUGAGAAACCUGGAGAUUGAAACACAACCUGCGCGCGAAGUCAUCUACAACACGUCCUGCUCGAUAUUUCUCAGCCUCGCAGAGUUCCCUGCUGGAAGGCUUAAAGAGCGCCUGGAGGAGCCUCACGCCGACAACAACUGGGUCUCUUUGCACUGCAAGGAAAGAGGCGGAUGUUGUGCAUAUGAUUGCGAAUGCUGCUCAAAGCCCAGAGAGGGUCUCGAUAUCAAAGGAGUUGGACACUGUACCUCGGCCUGCUUUUGUUGCGAGGAGAGACGAGGAACUCAUAUUGAUACCUCGAAUGGCGAUCCACAUGGAUUGGUAAUGAAGAUCGCCAAUCUGGGUGGUAGUAGGGAGUGUCUUGGUCUGAUGGACGUUUUCAUCGGCGCGGUCAAGAUUUCUCGCGCGCCUCCCGAAAAGCCAAAAUCCAGUCAAUGGUGGAUGGCUGGGUAUGAUUCGCGGGGGUUUAUGAGGAAGCACUUUCCCUAAUUUAGUCUUUCGUUGUUCGAGGUACGUAGAUCUCAAUCUCCGUGAUGUCAAGGCGGGAAAAGUCGUUACGACGGAGUGGCUUGCUGAAAUGAAGUUAUCUGAUGAAUCAAACACAAUGCAACCUGACCGUUUGAUGAACAAAUAAGAUUACUGAGAACAAGUUCGAUGGUUAGUGUGACUCAUGCUUUAAG